AUGAGUACAACCAAUCCGGAUCAACCGAAGAAAAGUCCGAGCAUAUUUUUGGAAAAACUUGGACAACGAAUAAACAAUUUUAAGGAAGAUAUUGCUGAGAAUAUUGAACGUCGAAAACAAUCACACAACAAUACGAAUAACAAUCAAGUACAUUUUACACGUGCCAAUCUAGCUGAUGAUGCAUUAGUGAUCGAAAGAAAGCCAUCGGCACCUAUUGAAGUACGACAACGCUUACCAUCCAGUGAGGAUGUUUCAAGUUGUGAACGUUCAUCUCCAAAGAGUCAAUUGUUAACGAAUGUUAGCAAGAAGAGUCUCAACGAGAGCUUAAGUUCAUCUAUCGGAGGAAUGUCGCAAAGUCAUUCGUUUCAAGAUAUUUUCUCCAGUGAAAACAGUGAACACGCGAAAGAUAUGAUUCUGAACAAUGUACGUUUCGAAUUGAAUCGACGACAUAGUCAGGCACCGAGUGAAAGCGGUUCGGAGGAUUCUAUUCUUCACAGAAAUGAUCCAGUCGAACCGAAAUCAACGAACAGUGAAAAACCCAAACGAAAAUCAACGAUGCUGUUAGCUGGACCCAGAUUUCAUUAUCAUACAAUCGAAUCGAAAGAUGAUUUCAAACAAACAAUCAUUUAUCCGGUGUCGGGUAUUGUUGGUGCUAUAUCAGUCAUAAUUAUGCUAUGGAAACCACUAUCACCUUUUUUCAGCGGUUAUUUUCUCGGCUUUCUCACCGCUUCUGCGCUUGCUUACAUUAUUAUACAAAUGUAUCUUCGUACUAAAGGUGGCGAGUCGAUUCCACACGAAUGGAUCGAUUUUCCUGAAUUAGAAAAUGCACUUCAAGAUGAAGCAAUCAAAGAAAAUAAACUAACAAGUUUACACACAUGCUGUGAAGUUGUCUUUGGACACUAUGAUGUAGAUAAAGAUCAGGCAUUUACUCGAUAUCCAGCAGUUAUUUAUUUGGAUAGUUAUCGUCUUACCAUUCAUUUACCAUCUCGAACAAUUUCCGACGAGAAAAAGGAUAAAGAAAUGAAGUUUGUUGGAUUUAGAGAAUAUAAAAUUAAAGGAGCAAAAUUAAUCCUUGUUCCAGGAACACCCUUAAGUCGAAUCAAAUACUGGCUCAAUGAAUAUCCCAUUGUCUUGCAAAAUAUUGAAAUAUCCAACAAACAAAUCACAAACAAACAGUUCUACGACAAGUCAAAAUAUGAUACGGACGAUUUUUUCAAUAACUCCCAGACAACAUUGAGCCUUUUCUUCGAAACUUGUCCUGAGAAAGAAGAUUGGUUUCAUAAAUUGUCACUUGUUCUACGCAAAGAUAAAGACGAUGACGAUCACACUGAUAAUCUCCAAACAAGUACACCACCUGCCAAUACGAUCGCUCAUAGUAGUUCAGAUACGCAAAUUGGAAUAGCAAUGCCAACAAAUACAGUUAAUCUAGAAAGUCGAGUGCAAAUGAAACCGGCUGAAACAGUUGGUCCGCCCUAUCCUGAUACUUCAUCAUUAGAAAACAGUGAAACGGAAGCACUUCGCAGUCAAAUCAACGAAACUGAUAUACUUAGUGAUAUAAAUCAAGCUCGUCAAGGUGCUCGAGAUGCAUUAGAAAAAGAUUCACCUGUUACACAUCGAAAAGGAUCAGCGAAAAAGAAAAUACGUAAAGAAGAAGAAAAUCUCUAUCGAUUGCUCAAUUCUUCUGAAUGUCUCGAUGAAGCAGCUAUUACAUUGAAUUUUCUGACACGUCGUCUAUGUUGUGAUAUUUUUGAAGACCGAUUCUUCAAAGAUCUACUCAAAGAAAAAAUCGAAUUGAAAUUGAAAGAAAUUGCGGUCAGUGUUAUGGAAGGUCUUCGCGUCGAAACAAUCGAUAUGGGCAGUACGUUUCCAGUCAUUCUCAAAGUUCACCCAAUGCAAUGGAACACAAAAGGAAUAUGGUUCAAUGUGUUUGUCUUCUACCGAGGUGAUUUUAAUUUUACAAUUAAGACGAAAAUAGCUCUUAAUCGAUUACUCAAUUACAAUUCAAUUGCUGACCAGCCAUUGCAUUAUCAACAUCGUUCAAACGAUGCAACACAAAACGAUGAUGAAUGUGCAGAAAAUAGAGAACUCAUACCAAGUCCCAAACCAGUUGCGAAAGAGCCUGAGCUACCUGAGAAUGUGGCUGCACGAAAAAUCGACUCAUUAUUGACAAAAGUUGCUGCUAAUAAACAUGUUCAACGUUUCGCUUCAUUUAAACCAGUUGCUGGUGUAAUCGAAAAAAUCUCCAAGGCAGAAAUUGGCGCCAACAUCGCAAUAACAAAUCUAAGUGGAAUUAUGACAAUCAAUAUUCCACCACCACCUAGUGAUCGUGUUUGGGUGGGAUUCGCUGAAAUGCCUGAUUUGAAUCUGAAGGUUUCUCCCGUGCUUGGUGAAAGUAAAUAUUCUUAUGCGCUGAUUCAUGACUUUCUCGAAGCUCGUAUUCGAGAUGAAUUCAAACGUCUUCUGGUUCUCCCAGCCAUGGAUGAUCAACUAUUACCAUUUUUUCGCGAUUGGGUUGAUGAUGUUAUUAAUGGACAGCUACGCAAUCAGAUCUAA